GCCAUGGCGGACCUCGCGGAGAAGCUCGCGACGUACGCGGAGCAGCUCGCGCAGGUCGAGCAGCUCCUCCAGGCGGACCCGAGCAACGACCAGUUCCUGAAGCUGCGCACGGACCUGCUCGAGGUGACGAAGCUCACGGAGGACCUGCUCAAGUACAAGCACGAGCAGAGCGAGUCCCAGCAGCCGAGCGGCGACGCGGGCGAGGCCGAGGGCGCGGCCGUCGACGUGAGCCCGUUCCAGGUGGGCAUGCGGUGCGAGGGCAACCCCCUCGACCCUUCUCAGAUCGACGUCGGCUUCGAGUGCGUCGGCCGCUACAGCGGCGACGGCAAGUACUACGAGGUCGUCGUCGAGGCGAUCACGGACUUCGGGUACAAGGUCCAGUUCCAGGAGUACGGCAACAGCGAGGAGCUGCCCCUCGAGUACCUCCGGCCCAAGGACGCGGACGGCGGGCGCCUCGACGCGAACGAACUCUACCGCGAGGCCGACGGGUCCUGGCGCAUCCCGGACCACCUGCGCGUGUCCCACACGGACAGCGAGCAGGAGCGGCUCCGGAAGCGGCGCAAGGUCAAGGCGCUCAAGCAGAAGGACAAGCAGCGCGAGAAGGACGAGGUCCGCGACGGGCAGAAGAACUCGUGGCUCGCGUUCCAGAGCAAGGGCGCGAAGCGCAAGGUCGCGGGCUCCAUGAAGGGCGCGCGCAAGGGCUCCAUCUUCGCGAGCCCGGACACCGUCGACGGCCGCGUCGGCGUCACGGGCUCCGGCGCGGAGAUGACGGAGUUCGGCGAGCGCAAGAAGUACAAGAUCGCGCCGCCCCUGCCCUAG